AUGGCUUGCUUGAAACCUGGCUGUGUGAAAGCAGAACUGCCUGCAGAACUCAAUAUUGGACCCGUGGAAAAGAAAGUGGUUGUGAGUCUUCAGAAGCUGGAUGUGGCACAGGAUGACUUGGGCAACUCUGGCUUCUUCACGAUCAUUUACAAUCAAGGGUUUGAAGUUGUAAUUAAUGACUAUAAGUGGUUUGCAUUUUUUAAGUACACGAAAGAAGGUUCAAAUGUAACCAGUUACUGCCAUGAGACCCUUCCAGGAUGGGUGCAUGAUGUACUUGGCCGUAACUGGGCAUGCUUCCUUGGACAAAAAGUGUCUCCUUCUCCCUCCAGCAUUCGUGUAAACCAGUUGCCUCUCCAGAAACUAAAGGGAAGGUUUUCAAGCAGACCUUAUUUGCACAACCUUGACUUUGUGAAUACAAUCAACACUGUUCAGAAAUCCUGGACUGCAGCAGCCUACAAGGAAUAUGAAACUCUGACUCUGGAAGAACUGACUAAAAGAGCUGGAGGCCUCCACUCCAGAGCCCCUAGACCAAGGCCAGCACCGCUAACACCUGAAAUACUUAAACAAGCUUCAAGUUUGCCAGAAUCCUGGGACUGGAGAAAUGUUAAUGGUGUCAACUACGUCAGUCCUGUGCGAAAUCAAGCAUCAUGUGGCAGCUGCUAUUCCUUUGCUUCUAUGGGCAUGUUGGAGGCAAGAAUUCGCAUCCUAACCAACAAUUCCCAGACACCAGUUUUUAGUACCCAGCAAAUUGUGUCCUGUAGCCAGUAUUCUCAAGGUUGUGAUGGUGGCUUCCCAUACCUCAUCGCUGGAAAAUAUGUCCAAGACUUUGGUGUGGUAGAGGAGGAUUGUUUCCCUUACACAGGCUCAGAUUCUCCAUGCGUUUACAAGCGGAACUGUUAUCACCACUAUGUGUCUGAAUACAGCUAUGUUGGAGGCUUUUAUGGUGGCUGCAAUGAGGCCUUGAUGAAGCUCGAACUAAUUAAAAAUGGGCCAAUGGCUGUUGCUUUUGAGGUUUAUAGUGACUUCAUGUACUAUAAAGAAGGGAUUUACCAUCAUACUCAGCUGCAGGAUGAGUUCAACCCUUUUGAGUUGACCAAUCAUGCUGUCUUGCUUGUGGGCUAUGGCAAAGAUCCAGGUACCGGUGAGAAAUUCUGGAUAGUGAAAAACAGCUGGGGAACUUCCUGGGGUGAAAAUGGUUACUUCAGAAUCCACAGAGGCUCUGAUGAAUGCGCUAUUGAAAGCAUAGCAGUGGCUGCAACUCCUAUUCCAAAAAUGUGAAUGUAAAGCUCUUCUGCCUGGUGCCUCAGUUGAGAAACCAUAAAAACAUAUUGAUUAUGUUUAUGUACUUGGAGAAUUUUACUGCAGUGCUUUCUAUCUUAAAAGAAUGAGCUUUAAUGAGAUUCAGUGGAAUAAAAGUGAGCAGUUUUCACUCACUAUCACUAAGGACACUUGAAAAUACUGCUCUUUGUUUACAACAUACAGGGCACAUCUACAUGUGCACAUCAACUACACAGUAAAUAUGUCGACUUAUGCAAACUUGAGCGUAAACUUGAUACCUGCAUCAUGUAGGUAUCAAAUUUAUGCCCAAUUAGUUACUGCGGAGUAACACGUGUAGAUGCCUUACUGUGCAGUAACACUGUGUGUGGGCUGACUUGGGACUAACUUUAGUCCCAAAUCAGUCCACACAUAGCAUUAAUGCUCCUUAACACCUGCACGUAUAGACGCCAGCCUAGUGCAGUAAAUUUAAGCGAGCGUAAAUGCACGUGUAGACACAUCCACAGAGACUGGCCUAUAUUUUCUGUAUAGAGGCUGGCCAUAAAUUGCCUGAGAAUACAAUUGCCAUUAGAUAAACAAUAGUUGACAAUAGUGAGAGUUAUUCAUCAUGGUUAUAAACGCAAUCAUUUUGUGGUUUUUGUUUUGUAUUUUUUUUUUCUUCUUUGGACAAUCGUAAAACUGUAGAUCUUGGAAUGAAAUGACUGCUACAAAAAUCUAUAAUUACUUAAAAGGACACUUGUUGAAUAUUGUGCCUUCUGGGAAAUCAGGAAAUUGUUGCAUUUUAAAAUUGGACACAAAUGUGUGUUAUGGAAGACUAUUACACUGUGAUUAAAGGGAAAUUUUAAAGCUUUAAAGUGUUUGGCAAAUAUGCAGGCAUAAUGUCACUUGGGAAACUGAGCUUGAAAUUUCAUUUUGCCUAUGUGGCUUUUAUUGAGUAUGUGUUUAAAGUUCUGUUUUAUUAAUGUCCUUUUUUAAUUCAGUGCUGAGCAUAUCAUCAAUAAAAAAAAAUCUGACUUCAUUGCUA